AUGAAAAGUUGGAGUGCAAACCGGCACUGCUCCCCAAGACUUCCCCAAACCCGAGGGUAUCGCCUUAGAACUCGUAUCAAAUCUGAUAAUGAAACGGCUCCACUCACUGACCCGGAAAAAAGAAAACCCCAGCAAGUAGAAAAGACUAAACAAGAAGAAAGUAAGGCAGCAGGAGAAGAAUCCAGCCAAGCCGAAUUAGCCUUAGAAAAAUUAGAAGAGUUAAAAUCAGAAACCUUAGCGAGAUUACAAGCCAUUCAGCAAGCAGUUAGAACCGGUUUAGAGGAAAUAACUAACCCAACAAAUUCGGCACCUCCCCCACCCAAACCCUCCACCGCUUAUAAUUCCCAAAUUGUUCAGGCCGAAAGCCAAGUCAAAAUUCAAGAAAAGAAAUUAGCCAAACAAAAACAGACCGAGCAAGCCGCCCAACAAAAGGCUCAAUCUCAGCCCACUAAGGCUAACCAACAAGCAGCAGCCGCAGCCCAACAAGAAACUAAACAGGCAGAAAAGGAAUUAGAGCAAACCCAAGAGGAAUUAACCACAGUUCAAGCCUUAUCUCAACAAGCCUUACAAGAAGAGCAAAAAGAAGAUGAGAAACCGAAAGAAACUAAGGAAAAAGACUUAAAUAAAAAACUGGAAGAACUAGUUCAACAAUUACAAGAAAUGGAACAAUCGGCAGCUGCUUCCCAAAAAACCAUGACUAUGUUUAUGCUCUUUUUGAUUAUCUUUUUACUGGAAUAUGUCGUUUAUAAAAGAAACGGAUUACCUGGUUUAGUUAUUUUAAAUGUUCUCUUAGCUGUCGCUUAUUAUCACCGGGAUACUUUACAAGAAUAUAGCGAAUUAUGA